AUGGGUGGACCUCAGGACCACGAUCUGUCAGGACGCAUGGCUGGCAUGGAUCUUGGAGGCAGACGACCAGGCCCGGGGAUGCCAGGUCCGAGCCAAGGCCGCCCUCCAAUGGGUCAGGAGGACGACUAUAGACGUCCUUCUCUGGACAGUCAGUAUCCUGCCGCUUCAAGAGGUUAUCAAGACCCACGUCAGGGACCGCCAGGCCAGGAACAAAACUAUGGAUUCCAAGAACGCAGCUACAACGGACCAGUCUCACCAUUGAGUGAUGGUUUCAACCAGCCUCCCGCGAGAAGUAUGACGAUGCCACAGAAUAUUGAGAGGCCCGACAUGAGCCGCCAGGCUCUGCCACCCAGGCUCGAUAGUGCGCCAGCGGGUGGACAAGGCGUGGGCAUGGGCCAGCCUCCAUCGCAACACAUGCAACGACCACCGCCCCAGCGUAUGUAUCCUGGUCAGCCUGGGCAACCAAACCCUCCGCAGCCAAUGAGCCCGCAGUUCCUCGAUCCGGGACACGGUAAUGAACCGGCUAGGGAGUCUAUCGGAGACUUCUAUGACGAGUACUAUAACGAUCCGCCGGGCGGGCGCGACUCCUAUCAAUCCACAAACUAUGACCAGCGUGGCAGCCAUGAAUACCAUCCACAGGGCGAAUACCAAACGCCUCCGGAGGUGGAACAACAUAUGCGACCUGGACCCGGGCGUGGCACUCCUCAGCCGGGGCCUGCUCGUGUGCCAGAGCUAUCACGGACGAAGUCGCAACCCAACUUCAGGGAGCCCCAGGCUGCCGUUUUCGAAAUGGCUGGGGAUCUGCCGCCGAUGCCGCCACCUGGAAACUUCCAAGCGUUCAACCCAGCUAUGGUCAACAGCCCACCCAACGACGUGUCAACAAAUGCAUUUGGGCGAGGGCCAGGCCUCCCUGGUAACCCUGCGCCUGCCAGAGCAGGCGCAGCUCCCAAUGGCCAGCAACUUGGACCGGGCUCUGGCCAUCCAGCUCCUGUUCGCCCAGGCUUGAUGGCAAACUCAAUGGUCAAUGUCAAUGACAAGCCCGUGCCUGUACGCAAUUAUCAGAAUGCUGGGCCUCCGGCCCCAGCGCCGUACGCGGCUGGCCCUCCCCAGCCACAACAGGCCCCGGCCCAACUGCCGCCCCCGGCUGCACGACCAGUUUCUGGUAGUGCCGAGAAGGUCCCUGUAACCACGGAGGAACUCGACCGGCUGCGUGAGACAAUCAAGGUCAACCCGAAUGAUCAGCAAAGUGCUCUUAGCCUCGCCAAGAAAUUGGUCGAAGCAGCGGACACCCUCGUUCCACGAAUGCCCGACCCCAAAGCACGGGUCAGGGCUCGCGAGAGGUACAUUAUGGAUGCCCACAAGAUUCUCAAGAAGCUUGUGAGCUCGCAGAAUGCCGACGCCAUGUUUUAUCUCGCCGAUUGCAUGGGCCGAGGAGCACUGGGCCACGAACCCGACAACAAGGAGGCGUUCACUCUAUAUCAGUCCGCUGCGAAAUUAGGACACGCUGCUGCUGCGUAUCGCACGGCCGUCUGCUGCGAAAUUGGCAACGAUGACGGCGGUGGCACACGCAAGGACCCGCUCAAAGCGAUCCAGUGGUACAAGAGAGCUGCCACCCUAGGAGAUACACCUGCCAUGUACAAGGUCGGCAUGAUCCUUCUCAAGGGUCUGCUUGGCCAGCAGCGGAAUCCGCGCGAGUCGAUUGGGUGGCUGAAGCGGGCAGCCGAGCGUGCCGAUGCAGACAAUCCUCAUGCUUUGCACGAGCUAGGAAUGUUGUAUGAGACUGCUCAGCCAAAUGACGUGAUAAUCAGGGAUGAGGCGUAUGCCCUGCAGCUUUUCGAGCAGGCUGCCCAGCUGGGCUACAAAUUCAGUCAGUUCAAGCUGGGAUGUGCCUUUGAAUACGGCCUCAUGGGAUGCCCAAUCGAUCCCCGAGCAUCAAUCAGCUGGUAUUCGCAGGCAGCACAGCAGGGAGAGCAUCAAGCGGAACUCGCCCUGAGCGGUUGGUACCUGACUGGCAGCGAUGGUGUGCUGAAGCAGAGCGACACCGAGGCGUACCUGUGGGCACGAAAAGCUGCCCAGGCUGGGUUGGCCAAAGCCGAAUACGCCAUGGGCUAUUUUACCGAAGUGGGAAUUGGUGUGCCGGCCAAUCUCGACGACGCCAAGAGAUGGUACUGGCGAGCAGCAGCACAAAACUUCCCCAAGGCUCGUGAGAGGCUAGAGGAUCUGAAGAAGGCUGGACGUCAUGCCCCGCGGCAACGCGAGCGGAUCUCCCGCAGCAACAUGAGCAAGCAGCAGACCGACGGGGAAUGCAGCGUCAUGUGA